GGUGAGAAGUCAUUUGGCAUCAUGGCAUCGUGUCAGGAGCUCAGUUUCAACGUGGACCACGGAUAUCUGGAGGGUCUGGUCCGAGGAAUGAAAGCCGGGAUUCUGACUCAGGCUGAUUAUCAUAAUCUGGCUCAGUGCGACACACUCGAGGACAUGAAGCUGCACCUCCAGAGCACAGAUUACGGCAAACUGCUGUCCUCGUCCGAAGAAGACCUGACGGUGUCUCUGGUGGACAGCAAGCUGAGGGAGAACCUGGUGACCGAGUUCAGCUGUCUGCGCUCCAACGCCCUGCCGCCGCUCUCCACAUUCCUCGACUAUGUAACUUACGGCUACAUGAUCGACAAUGUGGUGAUGCUGAUCACCGGAGCCCUGAAGCAGAGAGACGUGGAGGAGGUGCUCCCACGGUGUCACCCGCUGGGAGCAUUUGACCAAAUGGCCGCCGUGGGCAUCGCUCGCACCCCGACCGAACUCUACUCAGCCAUCCUGGUGGACACGCCGCUAGCUCCGUUCUUCCAGGAUGCUGUAUCUGAGUCCAACCUGGAUGAAAUGGAAGCUGAGAUCCUGAGAAACAAGCUGUACAAGGCGUAUUUAGAGUCUUUCCACUCCUUCUGCAAGAGCAUGGGUGGUCCCACGGAGGACGUAAUGUGUCCUAUCCUGGAGUUCGAGGCGGACAGGCGGGCCUUCAUCAUCACGGUGAACUCCUUCGGGACGGAUCUCAGCGGGGCGGACAGGAGCUCGCUGUACCCGGCUUGUGGUAAACUUCACCCUGAUGGGCUGCGACUCCUGGCCAUGGCAGAGGACCACGAGCAGGUCAAAGCCGUGUCCAGCUGCUACACAGAAUAUAAAAUGAUUUUUGAAGACCCCGAGCCAGGAUCAGAGUUUAAGAGUUUUGAGGACAGAUUCUUCGAGCGAGAGGUGAAGCUGAACAUCCUGGCCUUCCUACAGCAGUUCCACUUCGGCGUGUUUUACUCCUACAUCAAACUGAAGGAGCAGGAGAGUCGCAACAUCGUCUGGAUCGCCGAGUGCGUCACUCAGAGGCAGAAGUCCAAGAUACACAACUACAUACCCAUCCUCCAGUGAACAAACAGCCGAGCAAUGAAGACAGGCCACAAACACGCAUCGUAUACAAGGAUGUAAUAAAUGCACUUUGUCAAACUGUA